CUUCCUGCUAGGCAGCACAAUGUCAGCAGUAAUGCACUGAAUCCCACUUGGGUCCCAUAUACCUCCACCAUAUCUGCUCAGGAUAUUCUAGGAUUCUCUCUCAUCAUAAUGAACAGUAAGGCAUUCAUGUUGCAUCUAACCAACUCCAAUUCCCAGUUCAUAACUCCCAGAGUUGCUCCAUCUACCCUCCAGUUUGUACUUGAUGCUUUUAGGUUCUAUGGUGUAGCUACAAGCUCCAUCUUCAUUACCUGUUGUCUGAAGGUGACUUUAGCUUCCCAGAAUAUAGAUUCCUUGAAUAAGGCUUGCUCCUAUGUAACUGGACAGAGCCAGUAAGUUUCUGCUGGAUUAACUAAUUUAGAACCAUAGCCUGUAAGGUUCUCGCAGACCUGCUUUCCUAAAGGUGGACAUCUGUAGAUGGCAGUGACCAGGUAUGUAGUUGCUGUGAUACCAGUUGCACUAGUGGCUUCCGCAGAAGGCAAUGGAACAUCGCCAAAUCAAGGCAGAGGAGGAGU